GGAGGCGGCAAUAAAGACCGUUUUUGUGCAGUUCUUAGUUGACUUAGCGCCAUUGUAAAUUUGUUUUCUCUUCUUCCUCCAUUUUACAACUACUUGACUGCAAUACUCUUAAUGUUAAUCUAACUAUUUCAUUAUAACUAUUCUAUGCGUCUGGAUCUGCUAGCAAGGACUACAUUCUCAUUCAAGUAUUACAUAGUAAAAAUCAGAGCAACAAAUACAAAAUCAUCUGCGUAUAGAUGUGAACAGCGAACAGUUACUACAACACUUAAUAUUCAUGACAUCAAGCAUUUCAUGAGUUACAAUUUAUUACACGCACUACAUUGAAUGAAUUUAUGAUUAUUUAUCAAGAUUUUUUUCUACCUCUGGUUCUGGUUGUUCGUUCAGAAAAAGCCGAAGUCUCAUAUUAAGCAACUAGUAGCGUUAUAGUCUUCCUUCACCAAUUUACUUAAUAUUCGUGAAGUCUUCCAAUUUAUUUAAUACUCAUGCUCUUUCCUUCUUCUUUCGCCAAUUUAUUUAAUUUCUGAGUAACGCAUUAUAGCCAAGAGACAUUCGUAGUGCCUUCAAUUCACAUUUUCGCCUUAUCCCUCUUGCGUCUCUUCUUUCCCUCAUUAUUUUCAUGUUCGUCAUUAGUGAAAUUCACUAGGAGCAACGCCGAUAAGAAAGAGAGGACACAAGAAGGGCAACGCGGUGGAAAAGUCGAGUCUUCCCGCGGCUCCGCUGCUAGAAGAAACCGGAAAAAUACCAAAAGCGAAAGAGGAAGAGGGGCGGGAAAGGAGGAGAUGCAUUGAGAAGAGGAAACGAAGACUAACGCUAAGCCACUAGUAGAAUUUAGAGUUCCUAUGGAGAGAAAAACUGUACUCAUUCUCAAAAACGAGACUAAAAAAAUUUUUUUAUGUUGAGAAUUCACCGCUUGGCUGGCAAGCCACAACGAGGGCCGAGCGCCGUAAUUAUAGCAAGGGCACAGACGUGGCGCGCGAAUCCCAAAGAAAAACCAGCCAAAACCACCAAAAGCGGCACAAACCAGCCCAAGAACCGGACGCCAGGGGCCCGCCGUCUGCACUCUGGCGCCAAGGAAGCGGCACGCGGCUCCUGGGAGCAAUCCACCAAAGCAGCGCAAAAUAGGCACCCACACCCGGCGAAACGGGGGCAAGAGUGGGCGCCGCGCUGCGGACCGUGAAAGCACUCAGCCAGAGAGCCAGCAGCCGCCGCCGCCUGUCAGCUCUCGGAGCCUUUCAGCAGAUUCGCCCAAGAGCUGCGCCAAGGGUAUCGGGCCUGACUGGAGCACACACCAGGUGGCGGAUUCUAGUGCUGGAGAGGCUCGAGGGGUGAAUUAAAUUGCGUCUUUUUUUCAACGUCCGCGUCUCAGGUGUGUCCGACCCUCAAAAUUCAAAGGUUGAGAAAAAGACGCAUUUUACUUCGUACAUAGUCGGAAUCCAGUGGGAAAAGGCUCGCGAAGCUUGUCCAGAUUUGCACGCGCUGGAGCCUUCCCAAAUCUGGACCGCUCUCGGGAGCUUCCUCGCACUAGAUUCCUGCUAUCUUUGAACUAAAAUGGGCAAUCUUCUCAACGUCUGGAUCUGAGGGGUUGACUCACACCCCAGACGCAGGCGUUGAGAAAAGUAUGCGACUUAAUUCAAACCGCUUGAGAAGGUACAACAACACACGCGCACCAAGUCCCCAAGAUGGUCGCGCAGCGUCACCGCUGUGCGCCGCCCUCGGAGAGGUGCCGUCUGCGUGGCUCUUGGCUACUCCAUGAGUGGGCCUUGUUUCUCUUGGCAUAGCAUCGCUACGAGCUGUCGGCGUGUGCCUCGUCACCAGCGACGCACAUGAGCACCGGCACCCGCCGCGCGUGUGCGCGGGAGACUCCCUAAGGCAGCAAGGUGAUGGCGUGGCGCCAGAGCCCCAGGGAGGAAGAGAGCGCCUGGCGCCCUUGUUCCUGGGCUGGCUUGUGUCGGUUUGGGUGGCUUUGUUUGACCUCUCUCCUGGGUUUCUUGUGCCACGCCUGUCCCCUCGCAGUAUGGAUUGCGCCCGGCGCCGGUUGUGAGUGGCCAGCCAAGCGGCGAAAUCUCAACACGCGAAAAAUUUUUGAGUCUCGUUUCCGAGAAUGAGUACAGAUUUUUCUUCCAUAAGUUCCUCCACCAAUUUCAUUAGCAUGCAUGUCCUUACUUAGUCCAAAGCAUCCUUCUAGUUCACGUCAGCAAUCAGUUGCCGCGCAGCUCCAUCUAGGGCAAAAAGUGUUUAAGUUGUUUAAGCGGACAGCGCUCCGCCGCCCAAACGUAGCAUUCACAAAAAGCGCGUGGAGGUGAGACGGGCAACGCCCCGGGUGGCAGGUGCUAGCUGUGUAAUUUUCUAGGCCUUUGCUCCUAUUUUUGAUCAUUGUAAACCGUAGGGGCAUUAGCGUAGUUGUUAAGGAGAUUAAGAGCUCCCCCCUACGCCGGUAGCUACGCGGAAAAUAUGUAGGCAGGUUCUUCCCGGAACUCGCUCGCGAAGUGGGCGCUUUGAGGCCUUCCCGCCCGGCAGCUCCUCGACAGACCUGGCAAAGGUACCCAGGCUGGACCCCUCUGGCGUGGUCCACCCCCGAUCCAUCCACAGGGGGGGGGCCUCCCUCCCUGGUACAUAUUUACAGACACAAAUGCACACUAAGUAUUCUUCGAUUUGUUCAUCAGACAUAAUCAUAAAGAUAAAUUAGAAAAACUCCAAAAGGAGCACGAACAACCCAUGGAUUCAGUAUCAGCUUCUCUUCCUUGUAUCAUGAAAAUCAAAAUGAUCGACCAUCAUGUGGAGGAAUUUUAUCUCCUUGGCGGGUCGUCUCAUUGACCUUGGUAAUAAAGUGAAAGUGCC